GUUUGUUUAUACUUUAUUGCAAUGGCGACUAUGUCGGAGCUAAAAACUGCUGUUCGGGACACGCUGGAGUCCCGUGGUGUGCUGUGUCAGCUGAAGGCUCGUAUCCGGGCGGAAGUGUUCGGUGCUCUGGAUGACCAGCGUGAACCACGGCCGCUGCUCUCCCACGAAAACCUGCUGAUAAACGAGCUGAUCCGGGAGUACCUGGAGUUCAACAAGUACAGGCACACUGCGUCGGUACUCACAGCAGAAUCGGGCCAACCCGAAGCAGCUUUGGACAGACACUUUUUGGCUGAUGAGCUGAAGGUUUCAGAGGAUGCAAGUUCCAAGUCUGUGCCCCUUCUGUACGGAUUAGUGUCUCAUUUUCGAGACAGCGGUGAUCACAGAGGGAAGGUUUUCCUGCGGGGUCUUCACACAGCUCCUGGACAAGAAGAGUAAACUGUGAUGUGACCUCCAAAACUCAGGAACUGAAAAGACGCCUCCUCUAGAUGACAUAAUUUUACAG